AUGAUUUCUACCAAAAAGUCAGGCUCGCCACAGACCCGUAAACAGGCUGUGGCUGAAGCCUCUUCUUCUAGAGUCGUCCCAAAGCCUGUGCCAGAUUCGCAAGCUCAGGAUCCUAGGACAUAUCAGAUCGAUCAGCUGCGGCGACGCUAUUCGCCAAAGGAGACCACCGCGCCAGACGGUGCGACUUCAUUGCUGUUCAAGAUUAAGCCCUCGGAUCCUGACUUUCCUUUUGAGCUGGCUGCUCUCGAGUGUGAUCUCCGUGUCCCGCAGGCAUAUCCGGAUGAGAAGCCGGUGCUGCAUGUGAAGAACAAGGACAUCCCAAGGGGUUUUGGUAUCAAUAUCGAGAGAGGAUGGGAUGGACUCGUGGAGGAGAGACCUGGGGCUACGUUGCUCGCUCACACACGAGAGUUGGACAAGAAUUUGGAAAAGUUUCUGUCUGAGCAAAAGGCCGAGACAGUCAAGCUCGUGACCUUUAGGGACACGAGGCAUGUGGAGGCACAAAAACCUCAGACAAACGAGCCAGUACAGCCCAAGCAAGUCUCUGAGCCAGCUCCGCCAAAACCUCCCACCCCCUUUACGUACGUUCCAGAACCGUCGUACACAAGAGAUGAAAUCGCCGCUGCAAAGGAACGACGUGCUCUUGAGAUUCGUCAGCUCGAGGCGCGUAUGAAGAGGACACCCGAGUAUCGUCGUUCUCCUGAUGGCGUCGUGUACACGCUGCCGCUGCAACCACUAAAGCGCUCGGAGCUUCCACCAGGACUGCAAUCUGUCAGGAGUCUUCACUUGAUUAUUCCGCUGAUUUAUCCCCUACAGAACCUCCGCAUUCAGCUCAAUAAUGUCGAGCCUGAAGAUGCGGAGCCUGUAGAGGAUCUCUUCUGUGAAAAAGCAGCUGAGCAACAGCAGAUGUCUCUCAUGAGUCAUCUCAACUACCUCGCACAAAACAUCCACAAACUGGCGAAGCAGGCACAGGCACAGGCACCCAAGGUCGAACCAGCAGCGUCGGUACCUGAAGAUCAACCCAAAGAUGCAAAGGAAACGGAGUCAAAGUCUGAAGAUAGCCAUAUUCAGGUAAUCCCGCGACCUCCUGAGUGGAACCACGUCGAUGGAGAUGAAUCUGAAGAUGACUCCAGCUCUGAUGAUGCUGAUGAGGGCGGUGCUGUGUUAGAAAAUGAAGAGAAGGAACCACAGGUCGCCAUGCCAGGUGAAACCCCUGAGCGCGGUACCAUGUUGUCGUUUCCAUCUAUUGAGUUGCACGGUAUUGAAAUACUUCAGCUCUCCAUCUUGGGUAUCUGUGUGAAGUGCGAGCGAUGCAAGACAGUCAACGAGGUCACAGGCCUAAAGCCUGACGUCGAGAAGACAUUGAGCUGCAAGAAGUGUGCAACGCCGUUUGCCGUCAAGUAUCGACCUACACUGGUUCACGAGCAUUCUACUAGGGCUGGGUUCCUAGAUCUCGCUGGGUGCAAAGUGGCAGAUAUGCUUCCCAGCACCUUUGUCCCAACCUGCGAGAGAUGCUCUACCCCAGCUCCUGGUCUUGUCUCAGUACGGGGUUCCUCUGUCACCAAUGUCUGCCGAGACUGUCACGGUCAUUUCACUUUCAAGAUCCCUGAAGUUAAGUUCCUCUUCAUCACACCUGGUUCGCGCCCUCCGCCUACCGCAGGGCCGCGGCGGAAGCAGGAGAAGCUGGGCCUUCACGCGGGAGAGCAACUCCCAAACAAGGGCGCAUGCUCGCACUACCGAAAGUCCUACCGAUGGUUCCGUUUCUCAUGCUGCAGCCGGGUUCAUCCCUGUGACAAGUGCCAUGAUGAUAUGGAAGAUCAUAUCAAUGAAUGGGCCAACCGUAUCAUCUGCGGCUGGUGUAGUCGCGAGCAAAACUAUUCUUCAGCAGUUGAGGCGUGUAGAUACUGCGGCCGGUACCUGAUAGGCAGAAAGGGCAGGGGAUUUUGGGAAGGCGGGAAAGGGACCCGUGAUAGGAGAAUGAUGAGUCGGAAGGAUCCGAGAAAGUACAAGAGGAUUGGUGGCUCGGCAGCUAAAGACAAAGAGACCUAG